AUGGAGGCAGCUCCAAAGACCAUGACGGGAGGCUGCCUCUGCGGAGCGAUUCGAUACACGGUCACGGGCGAGCCCAUGUUCUCGUGCAUCUGCUAUUGCAACGACUGCCAGAAGGUGACCGGGUCCGCGUUCGUCGCCAUCCUAGGCUUCACGGCAGCAAACUUCAAGAUCGCGGACGUGGAUCGGGCCGUCGAGCACGUUGGCCUCAACCACGCCAAGUCCUACAAGGGCACGGACAAGACGCAGAGCUUCUGCAAGCAGUGCGGCAGCGUCGUCUUUGGCGGCGAGUACGGGAAGCUCCCGUGGCACACGGUGUACAGGGGCACGCUCGACGAGCAGUUCCGUGACGAGCACCCGCCGACGGUCGCCAUGUUCGUGAGGGACAGACCUGAGUGGGCCAAGAUCGAAGGGCUGCAGGAGUUUGAGAAAAUGCCGCCUCAGGAGUGAGGAUAAACAUGUGGGGAAAAGAAAAGGAAAGAGGACGACAACCAAGUUGAGGGAGAU